UUAGGUGGUGCUUUACACACAUAGAGAGAGACUCCCAUGUGAGAAACUCUCUCUCUCUCUAUCUCUCUCUCUCUCUCUCUCUCUCUCUCUCUCUCUCGCUCGUGGAGUGUUAUAUAACACUGAAGUCAGAGCAUCUUCUUCCCCCCCAAAUCCAAAAUGGGUUUCUCUUUCAAAUCACAAACGAUCAUCUUCUUCCUCUACCUCUCAAUCUCCACAGCUGCAACAGUGCAGUUAGUGCAAGCGAUCAGCUCUUGCAAGAACACAAGCAGCAGCGACGACAAUGGCGGCUUCUUCAACGGAGGAAGAAAGCUGGCAGGAAAAUGCAACUGGUUCAGAGGGAGAUGGGUGUACGACGCAAAGUACCCACUGUACGAUCCCUACAAAUGCCCCUUCGUAGAUCCACAGUUCAACUGCAAGAAGUACGGCCGUCCCGACAGCCAAUACCUCAAGUACAGGUGGCAGCCCUCCUCCUGUUCUCUUCCCAGGUUCAAUGGGCUGUAUUUCUUGAGGAGGAUGAGAGGGAAGAAGAUAAUGUUCGUCGGCGAUUCUCUGAGUUCGAACAUGUGGCAGUCUUUAGCUUGUCUGAUUUACUCUUGGGUUCCCAACUCUAGCUACUCUCUUCUCCGACAAAAGGGUCUCACUUCUCUUACCUUUCAGGAUUACAAGGUGACGCUGUUGUUAUACAGAACACAGUUUCUGGUGGAUCUUGACUCGGAGAAAGUGGGGAGAGUCCUGAAACUGGACUCCAUCAAGCAAGGCGACAUGUGGAGAGGCAUGGACGUCUUGAUCUUCAACACGUGGCACUGGUGGACCCACACCGAGCGCAUCCAACCGUGGGAUUACAUGCAAGAGGGGAAGAGACUGUACAAAGACAUGGACAGGUUGGUGGCUUUCUACAAAGGCUUAACCACGUGGGCCAGGUGGGUCAAUGCCAAUGUCGACCCUUCCAAGACCAAGGUCUUCUUCAAUGGCGUCUCCCCCACCCAUUACGAGUACGUUCCGGGAAAGGACUGGAACGAGCCGUCCAAGACGUGUUCGGGGCAGAGGGAACCCUACUCGGGGCAAAAGUAUCCGGCCGGGAUGCCAAUGUCGUGGGUGGUGGUGAACAAAGUGAUGAGCCGAGUGAAGAAACCGGUGUAUUGGCUCGACAUAACGGGCUUGUCUCAGCUAAGGAAAGAUGCGCACCCUUCGGCCUAUAGCGGUAACCACCCGGGCAACGACUGCAGCCACUGGUGCCUCCCUGGCUUGCCCGAUACUUGGACCAUCCUCUUCUAUGGCGCUCUUCUUACUUAGAUCUGUCUUUCAAUUUCCAUUUCUAGGUUUAGGGUUUUACUGGUCGUAAUGAGAAUUUGGCUUGUCUUGAUUCUUGACUCGAAUAACGUUUAUACAACUUUGAAAAAGAAAAAACAUGUUGCAAGGUUUCCUUGCAUUUUUUUCAGUUAAAAUGCGUGUGGAUUCGCA